AUAAUGCUCAUACCAUCCCUCAACUUCUUCCUUCCCCCCCUUACUGAGACAUACUUUUCCCCACUCUUUUUGCAUUCUCCCAUUUUGUAGCUGUUAGACUCUGAGCUGUGAAAAAAGUCGAUUUUAGUGAAAUACCAAAAGAUAUCAUAUCAUAUAUAUCCCAACGCCCAUACUCCCCUUUCUCUCCUUUCUCAGUGCCAAGCUAACUUUAAAAUAAUGGCAUCAAGCUCCGUCACGUCAGCACGUGGCUUUUACUCGUCCUGGACAAAAAGAGAGAACAAGAAAUUUGAGGAGGCAUUGGCCUUCUAUGACCAGGACACACCAGACCGGUUCGAGAAAGUAGCGAGGGCGGUUGGUGGGGGGAAGACAGCUGAGGAAGCAAGAAGGCUGUAUGAGUUGCUAGAGCGAGAUGUCAAAAAAAUUGAAGCUGGUCAAGUCCAAAUACCCCUGUAUAAGAAUACUGGAUAUAACGGCAGAUAGGAAGGUGGUAUGGUAUGUGACCAGCAGAGGUAAUAUCCUACUUACUGAAGCCUGAAUCCUAUAUAUCCUCGGUAAUCUUAUCUUUUCUAGUAGUAAAUCUGAAUAAAUGUUCUUAACAAGCUGUAACUUAUGUCCUAUAAUUCCUGGUGAAAUAUAUCGAAACGACUCUAUAACUGGCCCGUUGUUCAAAUACCA